AUGGUGGCAGUUAAGUCUUUUAUCAAGGUAGAUAAAGAGAGAAUAGAGGAAUUUACGGACGAAGUGAUGAUCCAAUUGAAGAUGAACCACCCUAAUGUUCUCAAGCUCAUGGGUUGCUGCCUCCAGUUGAAUGUUCCAAUGUUGGUGUAUGAAUUUGCUGCCAAAGGGAGCCUCAAAGAUAUUCUCCACGGCGACAAAAAGCAAAAACUCACAGCAGAGAUGCGGUUGGACAUUGCAAUCGGAUCUGCCCAAGGAUUAAGCUAUAUGCACUUUCAAAAAAUACGACAUGGUGAUGUGAAACCAGACAACAUACUUCUCAAUGAGAAGUCGGUACCAAAAAUAUCAGAUUUUGGGCUAUCUAAACUGCUUAAACUAGGGGGUGGAAAUACAGACAAGGUGAUUGGUUGUGAGGGUUACAUGGACCCGGUGUUCAGGAACACCGGUCAAUUAACGCCAAAGAGUGAUGUCUAUAGUUUUGGAGUUGUUCUCCUGGAACUCAUAUCUAGGAAACAAAUAAGGUAUGGUCAAAGCGGUAGUAUUCUCAUUGAAUUCCGCCAUAUCUAUGAGACAGAAAAGAGUGGAAGGUCAAUGUUUGACAAGGAGAUUGUAACUGAAGAAGAUACCAUGAUCCUAGAAGAAAUUGGCAAGCUAGCAAUGAGAUGUUUAAAAGAACGGCUAGAUGCCCGGCCUGAUAUGACAGAAGUAGCAAAACAACUUGUGAAGCUUAGGAAGAACACUGCAAAUGAUGCUGCCAACUUUGAGAUAAGUGGAACUACUAUGCCAGAUUGUCCGUGCCACCCAGUCCAAUCUCAGAGACUUCUAAGCUAA